AUAACAGCAAGAAUUUCGCGCUUGAGUCUUUUGGCGAGACAUCAAGAUGUAUAGACCACCACCCAACAGAACCUUGGACGCUGGAAACCGCAAACGGGACCAGAAAACUGAAUUACGGAGCAUCCUGUCAUUUGCAUGAAUGCCAUCCCUCUAAGGGUCUGCUUUUUAAAAUUGGGGAUUCUUGGACGGUCUGUCCGGUGGAAGGUGGCUAUGUUACAACACAAGUUGAUUCCAACCUGGGUAUCCUGAAAGGAAAGUUUUACUGCCCUGCUUGUAACAUACUUUGUGAGGAGGACUUAUGUGAAGCCGUAAAAUCAGGUGAUGUCUAUGUAUCACCGGUCACAGUCGUGGUCACCACAACUACAGCUGCUCCUUCUACAACUACCGUAUUAGUCACUCCAGAAGAAAUUAUGCCGUCGAAUGCCUCUGCCGCAGCUAUUGUCGGCACACCCGGAAAGGUCAAGCCAGAAACCUCGAGUGGAGAUUCGGCAAAAAUAGUCCCGGAUACAGAUUCCAUUACCGAAAGCAACCAGC